AUGCCAUCUCAAGCAAAUGCUCGACCAGCCAAGUCCCGUUUCCCAUGUGUUCAUCCAGGCUGCCGCGCGACUUACCAGCGCAAAGAACAUCUGAACAGACAUUUAGCACGCCACGACCGGGCCCAUCGCUUCUGCUGCCCACACUGUAGCAGCACUUUAGCCAGAAGGGAUGACAGCCCUACUGACUUCUCAUCCAGCGACCUUCUCCGCCGCCAUGUCCGGAUCUACCAUCCCGACAGGCAGCCUCCCUCGGCCCGGACACCCAAGGCCUGCAGCAACUGCCAUGCACGCAAAGAACGCUGUGAUGGCGGCAGUCCCUGUGCUCGAUGUGCGCGACGAGGGGCGAGCUGCUCACGUAAUCCCCAUCUGGAUCUCGCUCACGAGGAGGGCUGUGAAAAUGUCUCAGAACCCCGGGAGCUUCUCAGCGUCGAUCUUGUGGCGUCAGUCGCCGACGCAUCCCGGUGGAUCGGCCAUGAGUAUAUCGACAUCUACUUCAACAAGUUCCAUCCCAUCUGGCCGUUCCUCCAUCGGACCACCUUCUAUCCAGCUAAGGAACCAUGCAUCCUCCUCCAAUCCAUGUUGAUGAUGGGGUUGUGGAUCAAGGGGGACCGGGAGGCGCGGCACACGGCGAUGAAGUUCCACGACCGGCUAUUGUCGGCGAUCAGGGCUCAAAAGGAUCAAUGGCAUGUACCAGAGUCAAUGGGAAACCCUGACGAUAGCAAACCAUGGCCCAUGGCGACAUACCAGAGCAUCCUUCUGCAACUCAUAUUCGCCGUGCUGACGGCUAAACCGGAGGUCCAACUGGACCUGAACUGCCGCUUCCGGCUCCCAGAACCUACCUACGAGCUUCUCACUGCGCUGGUGGCCACCUGCCGCCGACUGGGGCUGUUCUCGUAUCCGAACAUGCUCGCCCGGCAUCAUCCGACUGCCCCGGUGGCGCUUGUUUGGGUGAGCGUGGAGGAGACCAAGCGAUUUGGUUUGGCUUUGUACAAGCUGUGCCGUUUAUGCAGCAGCAGCACCUCCACUAGUCGAGCGAACACGGACAGUGGUGCGGAUGAGCUUCUGACACUCGCGGACUUGGACUUUAGUAUGCCGGAUAGUGACGACUGGUGGAAUGUUGCCUCAACGACGGACGCCUCGACUCCCCGUCACACGGGCUGGCACUCGACAGCCAGGGAUAACCGCAACCCCGGUGGCUGGAUCUCCCAGGCGUCAGCUCAUCUGCGUGACCCUGGGGUUAGGUUGGACUGGAUCUAA